AUGGCUAUGAAUCCGGAAGCUCAGGCUAGACUGCAAGCCGAGGUGCAAAGAGAGUUGGAGAAGAGAGAAUGGGCAGAGCCAAAUGAUAGCGUUAUGGCUGAAUAUAUAACCGUGUUGUUAGCUAAUGGGAAUGCUCGUGAUAAGGUGCAGAGUGAAAUGGAUGAUUUGGUCGGAAGCGACUUUGAUCCUUCUUUCUUAGAUUGGCUUUUCGACAUCGCUCAUGUCCUUUCAUCCACUGCUCCCCCCGUAGUAUCCGCUCCUCGGUCUCCCUCCCCUUUACCGGCAACUAAUCUACCUCGUGAAAGACAACCACCCACCGCUAAAGGUUCAAGACUGUUAGAUACCGCUCUGGGAAGUAUGGGUCACGCCGAGAAACGGAAAUUUGAUUCUGGACAAGAUGGGCAAAACAAACGAAGAGUAUCGGAUGGACCUCCAAGCGGGCCGAAGAUGGGUCAAGAGGGUCGGAAUCUUGCUGAUAGACUAGGCGGGAGACCUGCACCUGGAAUGGGGAUGGGGAUGGGUAUCGGUAACAGAGGUCAAGGAGUGAUGAACGUAAGAGGUAUGGCUAGCAGACAGCAGCCUAUGGGCAUGGCUGGUGGUAAUGGGUUCCGAAACGGGCAUGGUUCAGCCCCGAUGGCACCCAUGGUCCCAGGUCCAUUCGGUUACUUCCCUCCUGGCCAACAAGAGAUGAUGGCGCAAAUGAUGAUGAUGCAAGCGAGUAUGGCUCAGAUGGGGGAUAUGAUGCAGAAGAUGGUGGAGGAAAGAGACAAAGAACCCGUUCAACCCACCCCGCCUGCCCCUGCUCCCGCCUCUUCUGUCAAACCAUCUGCGCCCGUCAAAGUGACCCACCACACAAAAUUGGGAUCUCAUUCCGUUUCCGCUAUAACCCCACACUCGUCCACUCCUGGUCCUAUACCUGACAAACCAACCUCGACCGCUUUGUGCAGAUAUGGAGUGGGAUGUUCUAAUUCCCGUUGUCCUUAUUCUCACCCUAGUCCCGUGGCGGAUGAAAAGACUGGAAUGGUUUUGAGUGAAGAAGCUUGUGAAGCUGGGAAGGGAUGUAAAGACGGGGAAUGUACAAAGUCUCAUGUGUCACCUGCGGCGGUGUUGGGCGAAAACGCUGGACCCAGCAGGAUGUUAUGCAAAUACCAAAAUUGUUCCAACCCUUCAUGUCCAUAUCGUCAUGAAGACGAACAAGGAAAUCCUAUCCCACCUCCCGCUCUCACAGCAGCCAAGUUGGCAAAGGAAAAACCUGUCGUCCCUCCUGCUCCUCUCAGUUCUGGGGAUGAAGGGGAGGAUGGGGAGAUGGAAGUGGUCAUGAGUUCGAAAAGGUUGAUGGAUGGAGCUUUGGAUGAUGACAAGCCGGGAGUUCAAUGUAGGUAUGCUGAGAGAUGUACACGGCCCGAUUGUAAAUUCUCCCAUCCACCAUCCCGUCCCACUCCCAAGGCGAAAUUCAGAGGUCGGUUCGUCAAACCUAUCCCAUCCGCCGUUACACCCAUCGUGAAGAAUGGACAGGAAGGCCUGAUGAGUAAGAAAUUUGGGAGUGGUCCCACGUCGAGUGAAAAGGAGAGCGUGGCUAGUUGA